AUGUUUCGCACUGUGUAUUGCUCAUUCCUCUGGCACGCGGCGGUGGCUGGAAGCCAAGAAUUUGAGAAGUUCUGCGAUACGGAGAUUUAUCCGCCGUGUGAUGUGGGCUUGCCGGUGGGUCGAGACUCUCCGGGCCUCUGGACUGCAAACGCCACUGGCUUGUCCAUUAAAGCGAGCCGUUCGACCCGUCGUUUAAAUCCUGCACGUAGCUCUGAGCUUGGGUCCCCAAAGACGCGCCGUCCCUACGAAGAGUUGAGCCUGCCCGAGUCACUGCAUGUGGAGGAGAAGACGGUGAUUGCCUUGCAUGCCGGGCAUGAUGGCUCCAUAGCCAUCGGCAAGGGUGGCAGAAUACAGUGUGUGUUGGAGUUAGAAAGAUUAUUUGAGGAUCGAUACUUCAUUCCUACAAUCGACAACUUUAACUUUCACUGGCAACGGGCAGUUGACAUGGUAUUGGAGCACUGCGAGUGCGAGCAUGCGCCUUGCCCGACAAGCUUCGAUUAUGGCAUCAUGGUGAAUUUCGGGGGCGGCGUGCCGGUGCAGCAUGCGCAGCUGCCGCACAUAGUAGAGAGAUUCUUUCAUGUUCGGGAGUGGCGGAAUGUCAAUCACCAUGAGGCUCACGCGUUGAUGGGAUACUUUGCCUCGCCAUUUCGCUCCGCGUUUGUACUGUCCUAUGAUGGCGGUGGCAAUGAUGGCGUCUUCAAUGCUUUUCUGGGAAGAGGCUUUGAGCUUCAUCGCAUUGGCAGAAAACCGCUGAACUUGGGCUCGGGAUAUUACAAGCUUGCCAGCUUCCUGCAGGAGGUCAAUGGAUAUCCUGAGACGCAAAGCCUUGUGUGCGAAAGGCUAGAGGAGGAAGACGGCGAUUGGGUUGAGCUGCAGAUGCUGUUCCCGAUUUCGAAGUUUGUGACCUUUGCAGGCAAGUUGAUGGGAUACUCCGGCCUGGCGGAUCCCUCCGAAGACAUCGGACGCUGGGUCCGCGAGUACUUCCACCGCUGGGCGGUUGGGCUGGAUGAAGUUCCCCGAGUGUUUCUCAGCAAAGUCUGCGAAGGAAUCGAGAGCCAGCGCAUGCUCGCAGCCACGAUUCAAGCCGAGUUUGAGCGUGUCGUGCAGCCCAUUGUCCAAGACUACCUCCGCGAACUUCAGUUGAAGGGUAUCAGUGUGGAAGGGGUCGUGCUAACGGGAGGUUGUGCGCUGAACGUGGUGGCCAAUCAGCUCGUGCGCGACACGUUGACGGAACUCAGGUCAACGCAGCCAGACUUGACGAAGCCACGGGAUGUGUACGUUCCCCCGGCUCCCAACGACUCAGGACUGACUGUCGGGGCCAUCUGGGCUGUAGCACCACCUAUGGGUCCACGUCAGCCGCUGCAGUAUCUGGGCUUCCGGCUGUGGGACGUUGAUGAGCUCCCGAAAGAAGCAGAGGCGCGCGGGGCCCGCAGCCUCUCGCAACUUGGCGGCGUGGACUACCUGGCAGAGCUUCUGGCCGGCGGACCAGCAUGGACCGGCAACAAACCGAAGCACAAGAAACCGAUCAUAGCAGUUGUGCGGGGCAGGCAGGAGUUUGGGCCGCGUGCAUUGGGACACCGCUCUCUGUUGGCAGUGCCAGACUCGCAGGACAUGCGCGAACGCAUGAAUCGUCUGAAAUUUCGGCAGUGGUACCGGCCCGUGGCACCCAUGAUUGCCGAAGAGGCUCUGGAGGAAGUCUUUGGUUUCAAGUACAACUCUGCCUACAUGGAAUUUGCACCGAAGGUGCGUGAUGAGGUCCGGGAGCGGUUCCCUGCGAUCGCCCACUUUGAUGGCACAGCUAGGCACCAAUCCGUAAGCCACGAAGAUGAGCCUUGGGUCCACGCGCUGCUUUUGGCAGUUGGAAAGCUGACCGGCCUUGCCGCGCUCAUCAACACAAGCUUCAAUUCCAAAGGCAAGCCAAUAGUCAACACUGUCGAGGCAUCACUGGAAAUGUUGGACCAGCUGGAAGAUCUCGAUUAUGUCCUCAUCGAGGACUGGCUGUUUCGAGCACCAGCUGUUAAGCAGGAGGUUCAGGUUCCGAAGCGGCAGGUGACGGUUCUUGCGCUCGGAGACGUGUCAAAAGAUGUGUUUCGCUCCGACUUGCUGCUGGCAUUCACGACCUCCGCUUCGAGUAGUCUGAGUUUGGAAGAGAUGGCACGGAGGGCAUGCUCCGUUCAAGUUGCAGAUCUGCAAGGAAUCUGGUCUCCUCUGCAAGGCCAUGACGGAGAUGCCAACUACAGUCGAAGACAGGGCUCGCGGCCAGAGAAGGUCCGCCCACUAUGGCCAAGUGAUGUGGCGAGCAUGGAUGCGGAGGGCGGCUUCCCGAUCGGUGUCCAAACAAGGUGCCACGAAACUUCGGACACAUCGCUGUCUUCUGGCCUGCGAGAGUUUCUGGAGUCUGAACUCCGAGUCCCCAUUGCUCGGCGAUGUGAAAGCCCGGAUGCACAGGCCUCACAGGCCGGUCAUGAGGAACUCCCGCCGCCACCCGAAGGACUGCUCGAUGCGCUGCGCGCAAGCAUCGACCCGGAGAUCAUCUCUUGGUCAAGCGAAGCGCGGCUUCGCGCAGGAACUGGUCAGAGCUUGGCCGACAUAUGGAGCCUCCGAACUGGAGCAGGCCUGUCACGGAUGCCAGACGCUGUCGUCCAGCCUCGCAGUGAGGAAGAAGUUUGCGCACUUCUGCAGUCCGCGUGCUCCGAACAUGGUUUCUUGGUUGUCCCUGUGGCUGGCGGUACGAGCGGUGCCUGUGGCACUUCCUUGAAGUGCCCGCCGAAGGAGGAGGAGUGCCGACCAGUGGUGGCCCUGGACAUGCGUGCCAUGAAGCGCACGCUCUGGGUGAAGCCGGAGGACGGGUUGGCCUGUUUUGAGGCUGGAAUCACCGGUGGAGCUGUGAAAGAUGCACUCUUACGAGAAGGCUUGACUAUGGGUCUGGAGCCCGUGUGGGAGCAAUCAACUCUGGGUGGCUGGGUGGCGAGCCGUAACAGAAGCCACAAGCAAGCACGCUAUGGUGACAUACAGAAGAUGCUAGUGGAGGUUCGCGUCGCGACAUCAUCUGGCUUGCUUUGGCAGCAUGGGGGGCACUUGAAGUACGAUGGGCCCGAUGCUACGUGCGCCGGUCAAAGAGGAUGCAUCUCCAGCUGCGGUCGAAAAUCCACUGGCCUGGAACUCCCAGGACUACUCUUGGGGAGCCGCGGAUGCCUGGGAGUGAUCACGGCCGCUGUCAUUCGGGUUCACGAGCUACCAGAGCUGACGCGGGGUGAGCACGUCACAUUUCCGAGCUGGGAACGGGGAGUGCUUUUUACCCGAGACGUUGCUCGCCUGCCCGCUGCACUGAGACCUGCUUCGUGCAGCUUGGUCGAUGCGAAGCAAGUGACGCUGGCACAUGCGCUGGAUCUGGUGGCAGCAUCUGGCCAGACUUCAACACAGUGCAAACAGCAUCAAGCUACGUCUGCAGACAUCGUCUUGGAAGGUUCUCGUGAAGAGGUGGACGCCCAGAAGUGUGCGCUGCAGGAGCUUGCAGCACUCCACACCGGCACAUGGGGGUCAGGCAAGCUACUGCCCCAGCUGACCCGCGCCUUGCCCUACUUUCGGGAUGUGGGCAUUGAUCAUGACGUGCUCAUGGAUCACAUCGAGACCAUGGUGUCCUGGGCAUCCAUGGAGAGCGUCAUUCCGGCUCUCAAGCAGGUUGCCGUGUCCGAACACCAGAACCUGCGGCUCCCCGGUGCGCCUUACCUCUCCUUCAGCGUGGCUCAGACUUUUCCCGAAAGGGCCGUGCUGACGGUGCAUCUGGGCACCUGCGUGGCAGGGUUUGACCGGGACAGUGCACUCCAAGCCUUCAGCUGCUGGCGGCGCAUGGUGGAGGCGGCAGGUGGAGGCUUGGAAGGCCCCGCUCAAUCAGGCUGCAUGGACGCGUUGAAAAGCCUGAAGGCAGCCAUGGAUCCUGAAAGCAUCUUUCCAGCCCUUGCACCAGCAAGGCCUGUUGAACUUCGAUAA